ACUGCGCUUCCGCUGUUCAGCUAAUCAUUCGACGCGAGUUGCUGAGCUGAGAACCACGCUUAUACUAAUACCCAAAGCUCGUUAUUAUUUCCGUUCACGCUCGCACGAGUGCGGGCUGAUUCGCCGGACGUUUCGCCAGCAUUUUACCAAACUUUCGCCGACAUUCGCGCUCCGCGCCGUACCUGACGUCGUCUCCUCGCUCCGCGUUCUUCGCUGCAUCCAUCGCAUUGAAGCAUCACGUGAUUUUCGGUCCGCCCAAGAAACGAAAAAAACUAUUGUAACGCACCACCCCGCAUUUUGAAAACUAGGAACUUCAUUUAUCCCGCCACUAUCCCUUAUUUGAAGCACCAUUCCUAUUUCACCGCACAAGCCGUCGGCUUUUUUAAUAAUUCUCAAAAAACCCAUUCCUAUUCACCGCACCAGCCGUCGGCAUGCCUAGCGCGCUCUCCUCGCAUCACCCGCGAGGCGCCUUUUCCUCGUCGCCCUCGUCCCUACCCUCCGCAUUUUGCGGAAACAAUGGCCGCGUCGCGGCUCAGGCGCUCUGCAUGCUCUUAAUCCUCACGCUCUGCCUCGUCUACACCACCACGAACGCCACGAGCCGUGGAGGGGAAGAGGCGGGGUUGAUCGAGCAGCGGGGGGGGGAAGAGGCGGCGGAAGGCGGAACGGGGGGAGGCGGGAUGGGGGAGGGGCGGGAGGCGGAGAUGCGGCGGGAGAAGGAGGAGGCGAAUUUGGUGCGGCUGAAUAAGCUUGCGGGCGGAAUGCCGGGGAGCGACGUGCGCGGAUGGAUCCUCUCCCCCAUGCACGCGGCUGCGGAACACAAGCUGGGGGGUGCAAAGUCAUGUGUUGACGUGCAUGUGGGAACAAUAGGCCCGGGGAAGGUGCGAGGAAACCACCGCCACCACACCAAGAGCGAGUCAUUCCUUAUCUGGGGGGCAGACGCUCGAAUCCGGAUCGAGAACCCGUCGCUGCCGGCGGGCUAUGCUGAGGUCAUGCUGGAUGCUGCUGACGUGGCUGUCUUCACUGGGCCGGCAGGCAGGGCGCACGCGUUGGCUAAUGUGGACAAGCAAGGCCGUACGCUCAUUCUGUCAGCAUGUGCUGAUACGGAGUGGGACCCUGCCCAUCCGGACACGGACUACCAUAUCUGGAAGGACCUUUGACACCGUGCGUGGCUCAGGUUACCUCUGCAUGUUGUGCAGUGACAGUGACCUUGUAUUCAUGUGAUACGGGCUGGGGCCCUGCCCAUCCCAUCCCGACACAGACUACCAUAUCUGGAAGGACCUUAAGUAUAGUUGGAAAGUCGCAACCCGCGAUCCUAGCCUGUGCUUCUAGCAUUGAAGUCUUAUCCUGUGUAAUUUGUAGUGAUUGCGAUGGUUGGGGCGGGUAGGUUGGCGGUUUCUGCAACAGCAUGAUACAGUGCCCUCCCUGUACAGGGCUGCAUCUAACA